UCCGUCCUGCACACGACCCUGCCGGCACCGGGUCCCCCCACCCAGCACUGCCCACCCCAGCCCUCCCGGCACAGGGAGCCCCAUUGCUCCAACCCCUGAGCAACACGACACAGUCGCCCCGAUGCAGCCCCAGGCAUCGCCCCCACCCCUGCCCUUGGGAAGGCAGGGGGCCGCAGCUGCCAAUGUCCUGCUGCUGCCAGGGGGGUCGCGGGUGCUGCAGAGAGCCCAGGCCCCGGCCGUGCCCCCCUGCAGAGGAAGGCAAAGCCCCCCAGUGUGCACCAGUCUGAGCAGGGGGGAAAUCCCUGCCUGCCCCAGUGCAGCGCAGGGCUGAGCCCUCCAGCCAGGACCCUGCGGGGUUGGUGCUGGCGGGAGCAUUGGCACAGCCCAGUCGCACACACAGCUCCCAGCCCAGUGUGGGGCUACAUCGCAACUCACACCCCAUGCUCAGGACUGGCUGAAACAGGUGCUGAGCAGUGUGGACAGCACAUGGUGAGCCGUGUCUGUGCCCAGGAUCCGUGUCGCUCACCCAUCCCACCAUUGCUGCUGUGGUUUGGGGGCCCCGUUGCCUUGCUGCUGCCAGGGAAGGGCUAGGGCGGCACCAGGCAGCUGCCGGCCGCCCAGGGACGAGGGGCAGAGUCCAGGACUCAGCCCUGCUCCCCUGCCCAGGGCUCUGCUUCCCCAGCCCGGAGUCUCCCGGGGAGGCAGCUCCCAUCCUCACACCCCUGCCAGGUGAGUGGGGUUCAUAGGGACCCCUGGGGUGGGACAUGGCCAUGCAGCCUCCAGGUCCCAGCCAGGCCGACAGGGGGCAAGGGGCAAGUGGGAUAGGGCUGCUCUGAGGCCCGUGGGUGGUGGGAUGGACCUGGAACGAAGCACCUCUGAGAUGGGGAGCUGGGGGGAGCUGGCAUUUAUAGGGACAGGGACCCCCGCCCUGCUGUCCAGAGCUCCCGGCAAGGCCAGCCUCUGGGUGCAGGGAAGCCGUGGGAUGCUCCCCUCAAUGUGAAGGAUGACCUUGAGCAAAGGUACUGGGGAAACAUUCAGGAGAAGCCACUUGUUCCCUGCCACCGCCCCCACCGUGGCUAGGGCAGGGCCCUGCUCUCUACCCAGGCACCUUGCACUGGGCUCUGGGGUGGUUUCGUGCCAAAUAUCCGACGAUCUUAGCAUGUGCCAUGAGAGCACCGUGGCUGGAGCAGGUAGCCUUGCAUCCUCACCAGCUGUGCCAGGGUGGCCUGGGAAUGCAGGAGGCUGCAGAGCCGCACGGCCCCUGUCCCUGCCCCCUCUGUGCACCUGGGAAUGAAAGCUGGGACCUCGGCUUUUAAGCAAUGUUUGGUCCCAGGUGUGGAAAAGCCGGGGUGCUUUUCUCGGGAUAGCAGAUUUGAGGCUAGAAGCCCCACAAGGCUAAGGAGGGGAAUGACGGCAGCAUUUGGAAAGGAUGAAGUGCACGGGGACAGUAAUGGAAGCAGCAGGCCUGAAGUGUAGGACGAGGAUAAGGGAAGCUAAAGACCCCCGGCCAAGCACCAUGUGUGGCAGGGCCCAUGGCAAGGGCAACAAAAGAAAUCAUGGCAGUGACUGCCUUGUGUGGCUCAGAGGUUGGACACGGGGUUUGUUUGGGCUGGUCUGGGCAGGGUUGAUCCUGCCUCACGCGGGGCCUGGUCUGGAUGUGGCCCCGGGGGCUCCCUGCCAGCAUCACGGCUCUAUGAUAACAGCCAACUACAGCCAAGACUUUGUCUAGCCGGGUCUUAAACACUUCCAAGGAUGGAGGCUUCCCCACCGCUCUGGGGAGCCUGGUCCAGUGCUUCACCACCCUCCUCAGGAGAGAGGUUUUUCCUAAUGUCCAACCUCAACUUCCCUUGCUGCAGCUUGAGUCCAUUGCUCCUUGUCCUGCCAUCUGCCCCCACUGAGACCAGUCCAGCUCCAUCCUUUUUGCAGCCCCCCUGCAGGGAGGUGAAGGCUGCUAUUCAAUCCCCCUCCGUCUUCUCUUCUGCAGACUCAAUCAGCCCAGUUCCCUCCGCCUCUCCUCACCAGCCCCCAACCAUUUUCAUUGCCCUCCGCUGGACUUUCCCCAAUGUGUCCACAUCCUUUCUGUAGUGGGGGGCCCACAGCUGGACACCGGACUCCAGAUGUGGCCUCCCCAAUGCUGAAUAGAGGGAAGAAUCACUGCCCUUGAUCUGCUGGCAGCGCUCCUACCAGUGUAGCCCAGGAUGCCAGUAGCCUUCUUGGCACAAGGGCACACUGCUGGCUCCUGUCCAGCUUCUUGCCCCCUGUCCCCCCAGGUCCUUUUCUGCAGAGCUGCUGCCCAGCCCGUCACCCCCCGCCUGCCCCGGUGCAGGGGAUUGCUCCUCCUCAGUGCAGGACUUUGCACUUGUCCUUGUUGAACCUCAAAUCUCUGUGCGCAAUGGGCCUGGUCACGUGUUGCCGGGCUGCUGCGCAGCUGCAGGAACAGGUCGAACAGGAACCUGUCCCAGCUAGUUCAGACAUGCCUGGAGCAAGGGCUGGGCCGGCUGUGACCUGGGGAUACCCAGCCCAUCCGGGGGUCCCCAGGGCACGCAGCUGCUGUCCCUGAUGUGGCAAGGCUCCCACCAGCACCCGGCUCUCUGCUCCACUAGCUGCUCUGGGCACAAGCCAUGAAGGAUGCCUGAGUUGAGAGCAUUUCCCCGAGUGCCUGCUGCCCCCCCGUCCCUGGGGCCUGGAUAGCGCCUCGCCGCCCUGCUUCUCCCUGAGCAAGGAACAGAAAUGGUGAACGUGUCACGUCGCCUCUCCUGCAGCACCAGCUUCUUGGUAUUUCUGCAUCAGUAUUUUACCUUCUGCAGCCAGGAACGACUGGAAGCACUUUGUGCCUGUAGCGGGCUGGCUGGCGAAGGCUGGCAGCAGGCUGCACACGCCAGGCGGAGGAGUGUGCAGGCUUGCGGGGACCACAGCCGGACAAGCCGGACCGCAGGGCUGCCGGAAGGCCUGGGCCAGCGGCUGCAGAUACCUGGUCGGCCGCAGGAGGUGAAAGGCUCCUAGGGAAGGGAGCUGGAGGAGACUGAGGCAGAAGAGAGCAGAAAGAGGAAGGAGGUAGCUGAAGGACGCUGCCCUUGAAGGUGUUUAAGACCCAGGCCCACGAGGACGUGAGAUCGUAAUGGCCCAGUACCGCAUCCGGCCCUACGAGGACGGGGACUAUGAAGCCGUGCGCACCAUCUUUGCUGAUGGGAUCCAUGAGGUUGCCCCAGCCAUGUGGUCCGAGCUGCUGAAGUCCCUGAAAACCCACCUCUUCCUCCUGGGGCUGUUCCUCGUGGGACUCGCAGCCUCCGGGUCCAUCCUCCUCGCCCUGCUGCCCAUCGCGGUCAUCCUGGUCGUGGCCUGGAGGUCGAUGAAGUCCAUAGGCACCGACUACGUGCAGCUGGCUCUGCGCACCGACCUGCGGGACAUCCGCAGCACCUACCUGGGGGCCACCAACACUUGCCUGUGGGUGGCCGAGGCCAGCGGGGCCGUGGUGGGGCUGGUGGCCGCCGUCCAGCCACAGGACCCGACGGAGAGGGGCACCGUGCUGGAGCUGAAGCGCCUGUCGGUGCGGCAAGCAUACCGGGGCAGGGGCAUCGCCCGGGCACUGUCCAGGACUGUGCUGCAGUUCGCCCAGGAGCACGGGUACCGGGCGGUCGUGCUGGAGACCUCCGUGGUGCAGCGCGCAGCACAGCAGCUGUACGAGCGCCUGGGCUUUCGGCUGGUGGCGACCGAGUGCCCCUCGCUCCUUGCCCGCCUGCUCCAGUUCUACAUCCUCCACUACCACCUCGACAUCCCCGCGGCACCCUGACACCUCCUGCAGAGCCACGGGGGCUGCAAGGUCUCCACCGACCCCAUCCAGCUCCCCCGAGUUUGACCUUCAGUCUCCUGAAUGCCAGCCAGGGAGCCCCCCUCGCCCAGGGUCCCGUCCCCCCACCAGCAGGAGUCGAUGUUAUCCCAACCCGGCAGUCCUAGAGCAUUGCUUCUCACCCAGGUGCCAAGAGAUCCUUUCAAGGGGAUGCAUGAUACAGGCCCGUCACGUCUGCACGCGAAUCGCAAGAAACCAGUCAAAAUCCAGAGGGUCACAACCCCCUGCCCCGCUGGGACUGGCAGUUCAUUGCCAUGAGGAAUCGCUUUAUUUCUUGGGGGUCAAGAAGUGUGACUCCUCAGAGCCGGCAUUUCCUGGGGGUCCCUGAGCCGAGCAAGGGGUCCGUGGCUCCGCGGCAGUCCCUCCCGGGUGCUCAGCACGUCAGAGACGUCCUUGCCUGCUUUGCUGCACAGCUUUACCUGGAUCACAGGUAACCUCGCGGGUUGGCUACGGGCAAGAGGCAGCAGCAGAUCCACAGCCCGGCCUUUUACUUGCUCACAGCUCAAGGCAGGAAAACAAACACUUCUCCCAGUGCAAUGACUCUCCUCCGCUGGGGACGUGGGUCCGCUUGAACUGGCUCUUUCCAAAUACGCUUGUCUCCACAAUGACAGGCACCUGAUGCUAAUGGUCUGAUGGUUCAUCUUGGCUUGGAGUCAUUUAAAUUUCCUUUUGGGUCUAGAACGAACCUGGCUUCUUGGGGCCGUGAAAGGUGUCGGGUUGUCGGGGUUUUUGGACAUCCAAAAAGAAGGAUCACUUAUCGCCUUCCCUCACCAUGAUGAGGCUCUGCUUGUCCUCAACCUGCUCUCCCCCUGAAAACUGAUGGUAUCCAUAAACAGGUGCGGCUUAGCUGCUUUACGAACAAAAA